AUGGCGACGGAGAAUAGUGCCAAUUCGGCUUCGACUUCCAGAUCGAAUUCGGCUGCGGAUUCCUACAUAGGGAGCUUGAUAAGCUUGACUUCCAAGAGUGAGAUCAGAUACGAAGGCGUUCUUUACAACAUCAACACUGAGGAGUCAAGUAUUGGAUUGAAAAACGUACGGUCAUUCGGAACUGAAGGGCGGAAAAAGGAUGGGCCACAAAUUCCUCCCAGUGACAAAGUAUAUGAGUACAUACUGUUCCGAGGAACUGACAUCAAGGACUUGCAGGUUAAGUCAUCACCUCCUGUGCAGCCUACAGCACCUAUAAACAAUGAUCCAGCUAUAAUACAGUCUCACUAUCCUCGACCAGUUUCAACUUCUUCUAGCUUGCCUUCAGCUGUUACUGGACCUCUGACUGAUCCUGGAUCCCACCAUGCACAAAUGGGAAUGUCUGCACCAAAUUAUCAAAGUGGUUUGCCAUUGUAUCAACCUGCAGGGGCAUUAGGAUCAUGGGGGGCUUCACCUCCACCAAACGCAAAUGGAGCUGGUCUUGCUAUGCCAAUGUACUGGCAAGGGUAUUAUGGCCCUCCAAAUGGGCUUCCACCACAGCUUCACCAGCAGUCUUUGCUUCGACCACCACCAGGGUUAGCAAUGGGUUCAUCCAUGCAGCAGCAGCAGAUGCAAUAUCCCAACUUUAAUGGCCCCUUACCAACGGGACCCUCAAACUUGCCUGUUUCAAAUUUGCCCACUCAGAACCUGCCACCUUCCAACUUGCAAACCUCGAACUUGCCACCUUCAAACUUGCAAGCCUCAAACUUUCCAUCUUCAAACUUGCAAGCCUCCAACUUUCCCCUUUCAAACUUGCAAUCCUCGAACAUGCCACCAUCUUCAAGUUUGGGAGCUUCAAACUUGUCAACCACCAUCCCUGAUAUUCCACCUCUGCUGCCUACUAGCAUCUCUCUCAACCCUGUCUCACUAGCCUCAACCCUCCCUUCAACCCUCUCUUCGGUACCCUCUGCCACCCUACCUUCUGAAACUUUGCAUGGCUUGGCACCUGGUCGGGCUGCAAAUUCAAUUCUUCCUGCUUCCAGUUUAAGUCCCAACUUACCCUCUCUAACACCACCGUCAACAUCAAGCCCAGAAUUGAAUCCCAUUUUGUUACCAACUUCCAGCAAGGCUAACUCUGGUGCUGCUCCAGCAAUUCCUUAUCAAAGCACUGUACAGCAAACAUCAUCGGCUGCUGUAGCAUCUAGCUCUUUGCGCUCAGAAGCUCCAUCCCCUUCACUGGUAACCCCUGGCCAGUUGUUGCAAUCUGGAGCAACUACUGUUCCGUCAUCCCAGCAUGUGCAAACAUCCCUUAAGAAUGUGGAGGUUAUUCAAGCAUCAGCGACGUCUUCAUCAGAAUCUCCUCUUCCCAUUGCUACUGAAGCUCAACCUCCAAUCCUACCAUUGCCCGUAGCUUCCCGAACUGGCCAUAAGCCAAAUGGAGCUCCAUUCUAUGCUCGUAAUAAUCAUGGAUUUCGUGGACGGGAUAGAGGAAGAGGAACUGGGGGUUCGCGUCCUAUGACAAAAUUUACUGAGGAUUUUGAUUUUAUGGCAAUGAAUGAGAAAUUCAACAAGGACGAAGUCUGGGGUCACCUGGGGAAGAACAAGGCUAAAGACAAAGAAGAUGGCGGAGUGAGCGAUGAAGAUGAUUUUGAAGAGGAUGAUGAUGCCGGAAAGGCUGAUCAAAAGCCUGUGUACAACAAGGAUGACUUUUUUGAUACCCUUUCCUGCCAUACACUCGACCACAAUUCACAAAAUGGAAGGCCUAAAUUCUCUGAGCAAAUGAAGAUCGACACUGAGACUUUCGGGGACUUUCCAAGAUAUCGAGGCCGUGGUGGUCGUGGACCACGUGGAAGAUCUCGUGGGUCUUACUAUGGAAGGGGUGGAUACGGAUAUGGAGGCGGUGGUUAUGGAGGAGGCGGUGGAUAUGGAGGCGGCGGUGGCUACGGAGGUGGCGGAUAUGUCGCAAGGGGUCGUGGGAGGGGAGGCAUGCCCAACCGUGCUUCUUCUUAA